AUGUCCUACAACUGCUCCACAAGAAACUACUCUUCCAGGUCAGGAGGACGCUGCACUGUUCCCGUGACCACCGUGGCCACCACAUCUCCUCAGGAUGCUGAAGGCCUGGGAGGCAUAUAUUUGCCCAGUUCCUUCCAGACGGGCUCCUGGCUCCUGGAACACUGUGAGGAGACCAGCUGUGAGCCCAGUGCUUGCCAGCCAACUUGUUACUCGCAAACGUCUUGCGCCCCCAGCCCCGGCCAGGUGACCUACUCUAGACAAACCACCUGUGUCUCCAAUCCUUGCUCAACUUCCUUCAACCGGCCAAUCACCUUCGUCUCUAGUGGUUGUCAGUCCUCGGGUGGCAUCGCCAAUCAGUGCCAACCAAUGGGAGGCAUCUCUACUGUCUGCCGACCAAUGGGAGGAGCUGCCUCUGGCUGUCAAUCAAUGGGCGGGAUCUCCUCUGUGUGCCGACCGGUGGGUGGAAUCUCCUCUACUUGCCAGCCAGCGUGCGGGGUCUCCAGGAUGUACCAGCGGUCCAGCAUGUCGAGUUGCCGAAGAACUUGCUGAGUGUGUAGGAGCCAGUGAAGGAAUCCAGACUCCAUGACCUGCCAGCUGUAUUUCCAGGAUCUCCCAGCAAGCUGCCUGCCCUGCAAAAGCUCUUCAGCGCUGACCCCUGUUCUACUGCCGGAUGGCUGACUCACCCAGCACAGGCUGCCUCGGGCCAUCUUUAAGAUGCUUCUGGCCGGCACCCAGCUGAUUUUAAGGACUGACCACUGGUGGCGCACACGCCUCUUUAUGUUUCCAGUCAAUUUACCGCCUGUGCUCCAGUUUCUAAGGGUUUUGGCGUGUUUUGAUCUUGCUGUUGUAUCUCCUGGUUUCUGCUUUGGUGCUUCUGAAAAAGGGAGCUUGUCUCUGUAUUUCUCAAUAAACCUGCAUUC